AUGUUUCUGUCUCCGGAUCGCGACCUGUCGCCCGGAUCGCCCGAUCUCGGAGGACACACCCCAGCGGUCCCCGAUCGGCCUGGGUCUCCGCGCCAUCUAGGCCCAACAGGAUCGCCCACAAUCCCCACAGGAUCGCCAGAUCGACAGCCAACCAGACCCUCGUCUCCAUCCCGAGACUCGCCAUCUAGAUCGCCGGAUCGCGGUGGUAUGCUCCUAUCGUCCCAGAUCAACAUGAGUCUCUCAGUAAUCCCAGAUCGGUCGGAUCACUCUCGACCGACGCGGAAUUAUCAGAUCGUUCUUCCGAGCCAUUCCCGCUUCCCACUCCUCCGGCGGCCCCAGAUGCGUCCAGAUCCGACAUCCCGGCCGCUAAUGAAUCUCGUGAAAGGUCUGCUCCAGCUGUGGGCGUCACCGGCUUCGUUCCCAGAGUUUCUGCCGACGACGUUCGUCUCACGAUGGCCACGAUCUCGUAUUUUUGGGAUCGAGAGGCUACCUUCUGCAGCCAAGCCGACACCAUUCAUGCGCUGCAGCAGUCCUACCGAGAUGCCGUCGCCUGGGGGGAUCGCUUACAAGACGAGCUUGAUUCGCUGUACAGAUCAGCCGCCCCUUUUGUCUCCUUCGUCCAGCUUCGAUAUGACUGGAUGCAGGGCCGCUACGUCGACGCAGUGCAUUCUUUGA